UCCCCCGCAGCUGGGGCCAGCGGUGCCAAGCGCAGCUGGACGAGCAGCAGCAGCUGGGCGAGUGACAGCCCCGGCUCCGCGCGCCGCGGCCGCCAGAGCCGGCGCAGGGGAAGCGCCCGCGGCCCCGGGUGCAGCAGCGGCCGCCGCCUCCAGCUCCUCCCCGGCCCGCAGCCCGCGGUCCCGGGGCCCCGGGGCCGGCACCUCUCGGGCUCCGGCUCCCCGCGCGCAAGAUGGCUGACCCGGCUGCGGGGCCGCCGCCGAGCGAGGGCGAGGAGAGCACCGUGCGCUUCGCCCGCAAAGGCGCCCUCCGGCAGAAGAAUGUGCACGAGGUCAAGAACCACAAAUUUACCGCCCGCUUCUUCAAGCAGCCCACCUUCUGCAGCCACUGCACCGACUUCAUCUGGGGCUUCGGGAAGCAGGGAUUCCAGUGCCAAGUUUGCUGCUUUGUGGUGCACAAGCGGUGCCAUGAAUUUGUCACAUUCUCCUGCCCUGGCGCUGACAAGGGUCCAGCCUCUGAUGAUCCCCGGAGCAAACACAAGUUUAAGAUCCACACGUACUCCAGUCCCACGUUUUGUGACCACUGUGGGUCACUGCUGUAUGGACUCAUCCACCAGGGGAUGAAAUGUGACACCUGCAUGAUGAACGUGCACAAGCGCUGCGUGAUGAACGUCCCCAGCCUCUGUGGCACAGACCACACGGAGCGCCGCGGCCGCAUCUACAUCCAGGCCCACAUCGACAGGGAUGUCCUCAUCGUCCUCGUAAGAGAUGCUAAAAACCUUGUACCUAUGGACCCCAAUGGCCUGUCAGAUCCCUACGUAAAACUGAAACUGAUUCCUGAUCCCAAAAGUGAGAGCAAACAGAAGACCAAAACCAUCAAAUGCUCCCUCAACCCUGAGUGGAACGAGACAUUUAGAUUUCAGCUGAAAGAAUCGGACAAAGACAGAAGACUGUCAGUAGAGAUUUGGGAUUGGGAUUUGACCAGCAGGAAUGACUUCAUGGGAUCUUUGUCCUUUGGGAUUUCUGAACUUCAGAAAGCCAGUGUUGAUGGCUGGUUUAAGUUACUGAGCCAGGAGGAAGGCGAGUACUUCAAUGUGCCUGUGCCACCAGAAGGAAGUGAGGGCAACGAAGAACUGCGGCAGAAAUUUGAGAGGGCCAAGAUCAGUCAGGGAACCAAGGUCCCGGAAGAAAAGACGACCAAUACUGUCUCCAAAUUUGACAACAAUGGCAACAGAGACCGGAUGAAACUGACUGAUUUUAACUUCCUAAUGGUGCUGGGGAAAGGCAGCUUUGGCAAGGUCAUGCUUUCAGAACGAAAAGGCACAGAUGAGCUCUAUGCUGUGAAGAUCCUGAAGAAGGAUGUCGUGAUCCAAGAUGAUGACGUGGAGUGCACUAUGGUGGAGAAGCGGGUGCUGGCCCUGCCCGGGAAGCCGCCCUUCCUGACCCAGCUCCACUCCUGCUUCCAGACCAUGGACCGCCUGUACUUUGUGAUGGAGUAUGUCAACGGGGGCGACCUCAUGUAUCACAUCCAGCAAGUUGGCCGGUUCAAGGAGCCCCAUGCUGUAUUUUACGCUGCAGAAAUUGCCAUCGGUCUGUUCUUCUUACAGAGUAAGGGCAUCAUUUACCGUGACCUAAAACUUGACAACGUGAUGCUCGAUUCUGAGGGGCACAUCAAGAUUGCUGAUUUUGGCAUGUGUAAGGAGAACAUCUGGGAUGGGGUGACAACCAAGACAUUCUGUGGCACUCCGGACUACAUCGCCCCUGAGAUAAUUGCUUAUCAGCCCUAUGGGAAGUCCGUGGAUUGGUGGGCAUUCGGAGUCCUGCUGUAUGAAAUGUUGGCUGGGCAGGCACCCUUUGAAGGGGAAGAUGAAGAUGAACUCUUCCAGUCCAUCAUGGAACACAACGUAGCCUAUCCCAAGUCUAUGUCCAAGGAAGCUGUGGCCAUCUGCAAAGGGCUGAUGACCAAACACCCGGGCAAACGUUUGGGUUGUGGACCUGAAGGCGAACGUGAUAUCAAAGAGCAUGCAUUUUUCCGGUAUAUUGAUUGGGAGAAACUUGAACGCAAAGAGAUCCAGCCCCCAUAUAAGCCAAAAGCUUGUGGGCGAAAUGCUGAAAACUUCGACCGAUUUUUCACCCGCCAUCCACCAGUCCUAACACCUCCCGACCAGGAAGUCAUCAGGAAUAUUGACCAAUCAGAAUUCGAAGGAUUUUCCUUUGUUAACUCUGAAUUUUUAAAACCCGAAGUCAAGAGCUAAGUAGAUGUGUAGAUCUCCGUCCUUCAUUUCUGUCAUUCAAGCUCAACGGCUAUUGUGGUGACAUUUUUAUGUUUUUCAUUGCCAAGUUGCAUCCAUGUUUGAUUUUCUGAUGAGACUAGAGUGACAGUGUUUCAGAACCCAAAUGUCCUCAGGUAGUUUGGAGCAUCUCUAUGAGAUGGGAUUAUGCAGAUGGCCUAUGGAAAAUGCAGCUGCAUAAUUAACACAUUAUCAAAGUCCUCUUACAAUUUGUUUUCCGCAGCAUGUCAGCUAAGUAGACCCAAUGGGGAGAGAAAAUGCCUGCUUUCUUUCCCUCUUUUUCUGCACUGCCAUAUUCACCCCAAACCAUCCAAUCUGUGGACAAUUGGAUGUUAGCAGUACUCUUCUACUUCCGGGCCUGGAGCUUGGCUUGUAUCCAAGUGUAUGGUUGCUUUGCCUAAGAGGAAUCCCUCUAUUUCACCUGUUCUGGAGGCACCAGACCUUGAAAAGAACAUGCUCAAAAUAAAAUGUUACUUAUUAUUUUUUUAAACUCAAAGUUAAAGUUAUCAAUCAAAGUUCUAAAAUUCCAAGAAUGUGCUUUUAGACAGUCUCAGCCUAAAAGCACUUCAAGGGGUCAAAGGGCAACCAGCUUGGGUGCUACCUCAGUGUUGUAGUUUCUGAUACUUUAUGUCUUUGAUCACUCUCAUCCCCAAACUACUUGAAAAGGGCAUUUGGCACCACUCCCUGAAAAAACACAGUCACUCUAGCAAGGCCCCCAAAGGGCCCUGGUUUUACAUUGCAUUUCAAACUUUAUUUGCUUUGGGGUUUUGUUUCUGUUGAUGUUCAAAUGCAAAAAAAAAAAAAAAAAAAAGUGACUCACAGUGUUACACAUGCUUUAAAAUAUGUGUUCAAAUGUUAUGAACCACGUUGACGACCUGCUUUGAUUUAACCGAGAAGACGGCUGCAGAGCCUAGCAGACUGAGGCCUGUGGGAAUGGGAUUUGUCUAGAUUUGUUACUGGCUUUAGAAAGCUAAUUAAGUGCUCUGAAAAAGACACCGUUUCUUGAAACAAAGAUGGUUGUAUUCCUCACUUUGACGUUGUUUUGCAAGAUGUUUGUGGAAAUGUUCAUUUGUAUCUGGAUCUCUGUUAUGUGCCAUUUUUCUUCUAGCAUCGAGAUACAAUAAAAAAAAAAAAAAAAAGAAAAGAAGAAGAAAUACUAUUUCAAGGAAAGCUGAUCUUUUUGAAAAACGUGGACCUAAACUACAAAGUGGGAACUGAGGAGGGAACUCAGGAGAAAGGAACUAACUGUGGAGCUUUAAUCUCGGCCCCAGUGUUCAACUACUCGGAGAGGCGGGGGCUGUGGCCCAUUCAGGGGCUGCCAGUGGCCUAUAGUGGGGUGGGAAGACCUGGCCAGAGCCAACGAGGAUAUUGGAGCCCAAAGUCAAGUUUAGAGACCAGCUGGGAACAUGAAUGGGGCUCUUGAUUUUCUUAUCAAAAUCACUACUCCUCCCAGCUUGGACUAAAUAUUCUUUCUAGCAAACAGCUUUGCAAGCUCCCUAAAGCCCAAGGAAACCCUUGGGUGGGAGAAAUUUCACUCCUGUCUGAGCGGAUUAAGACAGCAGGUGACUCCUCCUCCUCACCUGCCGUGUCCCACUAUUCUCAGGCAGCUCUAAAGAGAAUUCUUAUCACAGUUCAAGUGAUUUCCAGAAGUUCCAGGGCUUCUGAGAGACCAUCAGGGAAAUUUUAACAACUUGACAAAUGUCCUUGAAGUAAGAUGUCUCAUCUUUACGGAAAAAUGGGGUUUGGACUUCUGCUUAGGCAAAGUCUCCUGCAGUUCAUCCUUCUCUGUCCUCUUCUUGCUUCAGGCUUGGGGACUGUCCCUGCUGUCCCCACUAUGGUGGCAAUCAGGACCUAAGGUGAAGCAAACUUGAAGUUCUAGCUGGCAAGUUUAGGCAAUUAGAGAAGGAGGAAAAUCGGAGCAAAGCCCCCUCACUUUAUCGUUGAGAAACUGGCAUCUGGAAAGAGGAAGGAACUUGCCCAAAGUCAGUCAACUGGGAUAAAAACCUGGGUGUCCUGAUCCUCAGUGCAGGGCACUUUCUGCUCUGUAGCAAGGCAACAGGCAUCUCUGAGCCAGGCCCACCAACAGGCAAGAUUUGAGGUCUCUCAUCUGGUGGUUGGCUCAUGAUCUCAUUUUGCUUGGACAUGCUCUCAGGAAGAUGAAAACCAUGGAGAAACACUAGGCCAUUGACAAAUGAUCUGAGACAACUUUAGAAAACAAUGUAGGAUGGAUGGAAAGAGAAAGAGAGAGAGAGAAA